AUGCUCAGAUGGUGCUUGCUUCUCAGCGCGUAUAACUACCGCCUGCGGUACAGGCCUGGAAAUCAGAACCAGAACGCCGACGCUCUGAGCCGACUACCACUACCGAUUUCUGAGGAUGAACCUGCAGGACCGGGAGACGUCCUCAUGAUCGAGGCAGCAUUCAUUCCACCUCUUACACCGUCAGCCAUUGCUGAUGCUACGGCAAGGGAUCCUGAGCAAUCACAAGUCACUCACGGUCUACAAACGGGUAAUUUCAGGGAAUGGUCUUGCAAGGAAUUGCGGCCUUUUCUCUCCCGGAAAACCGAGCUCUCCACUCACAAGGGCUGCAUUCUUUGGGGUUCAAGAGUAAUCAUCCCACCGAAGCUUCAAGCGGACGCCUUCUCGUUGUUACAUGCCGGACAUAAAGGAAUGACCGCCAUGAAACACGCAGCGAGGAGCUACUUCUGGUGGCCCGGCCUGGAUUCCGCCAUCGAGGAUACCGUGAGAAGUUGCGAUACUUGCCAGAUGCACGCCAGGCUACCAGCCAGUUAUCCUGCACCAGCGUGGUCUCGGGCGACGGAUCCGUCGCAGGUCAUCCACAUGGAUUUGGCAGGGCCCAUCCAGGGCCAGAGCUACCUCGUCGUGGUUGACUCGACAACGAAAUGGCUUGAAGUUCGAGCCGUUUCCAACGUGGCAAGCGCAACCGUCAUUGACGCUCUGCGUUCCAUUUUCGCAACGCUUGGGUUACCGCAGCUGGUGGUAUCUGAUAACGCAACGACGUUUGUGUCUGAUGAAAUGAAGAGUUUCUUCCACCGCAACGGAAUUCGACAGGUGACCAGCGCCCCGUACCAUCCGUCCACCAACGGGCAGCCGGAGAGAAUGGUGCAAGAGCUGAAGAGGACGCUAAAGAAACAACAGCAGGGCAGCAUUCAGUGCCGGCUGUCGAGGUUUUUGUUCAGCCAGCACACCUCCGUCCACUCCACAACCAACAAUACGUCCGCAGAAAUGUUUGGGAGGAAUAUGAGGACCCUAAUGGACUCGCUCGUUCACGACUCGAGGAAGAUACAAUCUCAAGAACAGGAAAAGCCUGCGGGCGACUCCAAUAUUGUCCAACACGGCCAGGCUGUCUGGUUGAGGGAUUACUCUUCUGGUCCUCAAAAGUGGUGCAAAGGAACAAUUUAUCGAAAGGUUGGACUGCGAUCCUAUGAAGGAAUCACACAGGAGGGGAAGGUGUUCCGUCGGCAUGUGGGCCACCUCAGACCAGCAAUUAACGUUCCACUAGCUUCGGCCUCUCCACAAUUAGCUGAGACCUGCAAGUUCCCCACCACUACCGAAGAUUCAGUACACGAGCCUCCGGUGACGCCCGGUACCCCGGAUCACGGAGUAAGAAGACUAGGAGGGGAAACUGCCCAUAGAAGCAAGCGCCGGCGCGCGACCAGAGACUGUCACGUUGGGGGAGAGAAAAAAGGCAGUUGCUGA